UAUCUAUAUACAUCAGGCUAUAUCUAGCGAAAAGUUUUUCAUAAUUCUUUGUUGGGCCGUUCUCGCUUAGAUCGAAAAGAUAACAAAAGGAUAAUCAAGACCCUUUACAAGUCAUCACCAGUUCAUUGUUACAAGCAUGACUCAAAGUUUCAGGGAAGCCAUGAAGGGCUUUCCAGUCUGGCAAAUGUUUGUUGUGUCAAUCAUAAGAUUUAGUGAGCCGUUAACGUUUACUUCUAUCUUCCCAUUUAUAUAUUUUUUAAUUAAGUCUUUUAAGAUUGCCGAUGACGAUAAGUCAAUCUCUAAAUACUCGGGAUAUUUAACGGCAUCAUUUGCACUCACUCAAUUUUUAUGUUGUAUUCAUUGGGGUACAAUAAGUGAUAAGAUUGGGAGAAAACCAGUUUUAAUGAUUGGAUUAUCAGGUACUGCUGUUAGUAUGUUAAUAUUUGCCUUUUCAACCAAUUUUUAUAUGGCACUUUUCGCAAGAAGUCUCGCCGGGGCAUUAAAUGGGAAUGUCUCAACACUUCGAGUUAUGAUUGGAGAAAUUGCUACCGAAAGAAGACAUCAAAGUGUAGCAUUUUCCACGUUGCCAUUACUAUGGAAUCUAGGUUCAGUGUUAGGACCCUUAAUUGGAGCAUAUUUCACUAAAGUUGAAAAUCCAAAAGUUACUAAGCUGACUUUCAAACUUGUCGAUAAAUUCAUGAACAAAUUUCCUUAUGCAUUAUCUAGUAUCGUGGUAUCGAUGUUUUUAUUUUGCAGUUUAAUAUUUGGAAUAUUAUUUUUAGAAGAAACUCAUUAUAAAGUCAAAUAUAGAAGAGAUAUUGGAUUGGAAUUAGGUGAUUAUAUUCGAUCCAAACUAGGUUAUAAGAUACCUAUCAGGCCAUGGGAAAUUAAGAAGCCUAAGAAAAUGAGCAGUGCAAUCACAUCUUCCACCAUGGUUGACGGGACCCCAGAUGAUGAAACUACGCCAUUGAUUGAUGAUGAAACUACGCCAUUGAUUGAUGAUGAACCUCCGGCUUUGGUUAACGAUGAGUCAAUACACAAUUACGAUGAAGACGCUAUAAGAGAUGAAGAUGACGAUUCGAUUGAAUCUAAUCCACUCAUGACUCGUAGAUUUUCAUCAGCCGUUAUCAGAAGAUAUUCUAAAUCAGCGCAGUCCACCAAAUCACAAAUCUCCAUGACCAGCACUGUUCAUGAAUCAGUAUUAAAGUCUUUUUUCAAUCGAGAAAUUUUCACUCCAGUGGUUUUGAAAACCAUUACAGCCAAUUUUGUCCUUGGAUUUCAUUUAUUAAUUUAUACUGAAUUUUUACCAAUUUUUUUAGCUGGAGAUUACUUACCACAAGAGUUGAAAUUCCCAUUUAGAAUAACUGGUGGGUUUGGAUGGAAUUCACAAGAGAUUGGGAAAUUACUUUCAGUCAAUGGAUUUUGCGGAAUCUUGGUUAAUAUGUUUGUAUUCCCAGUCUUAGACCAUCACGUUAGAACCAUUAUUGGACUAAGACUUCUGACGAUGAUUUUCCCAAUAGUUUAUUUAAACGUUGCCUUUUUAAUUUUCACCACCAACGGAUAUAAUUCCCAAUUUUCAGAUAAUUUCAAUAGAAACCUAUUCUAUCUCAAUGGAGCCUUUGGCAGCUUGGCGCAAGGAACAGCAUUCCCGCAAAUCAUGAUGUUAAUCCAUCGGGCAGCACCAAUCAAGUAUAGAAGUUUGGUUAAUUCAACCAACUUAAGUGCAACCUCAUUUCUGAGAUUCAUAUCCCCAAUCCUAUUUGGGAAAUUGAUGACUGUUCUCGAUAAGUUGAAGUUGGGAGGCUUCCCCUGGAUCUUCAUCUCGAUGGUGGCACUAGGUGGGUUUAUCCAGAGUCUAUUCUUAGAAGAACACGAUGAAGACCUAAAGAGUAUAGACGUAUAGAACUUAUCACCCGUACACCCCACGGCUUAUGAC